AUGGCCGCCCCGGGGACCACCGUGCCGCGCCCUUCGCCCGUGCGAUACUGCGGGUGGUGCGCGGGACCCUUCGGGCGAGGGGAGUCGCUGGCCCUGGCCGAGGGCGGGUCCCUUCUGGAGGUCUGCGAGCUGUGCUACAUCAUCGGGCUGAUUCGGCAGGCGGCAAGCGGAGGCGCCGCCGCCUUCCCGCCUGUUGCCCCGGGCCUGGCGGCGGCCGCGGCGGUCGGCGGCGCCGCGGCGGCCGCGCCCGCGGGCGGCGGUGCCGGCGCGCCCGUGGUGCCUGGCCUGGCGGCGCUGCCCGGCCUGCCGGGCUUCGGAGGCGGCGCGGCUGCUGGAACGCCCCGGCGGGCGGCGCCGUGCCUGACGGCGGAGGCGCUCCCCCCGGCGGCGUGGGCGCCGCGCUGGUGGGCGCGCUCGCGGGCGGCGGCGGCGGCCCUCCUGGAGGCCCUCCUCCUGGCGCGGGUGAAUCUCGAGCUCCCGACCUUCGACGCAGCUGGAGGCAUCAGCGGGACGGCCCUCUUCGAGGUGGAGGAGAUCGGCACCACGGGCCCCUCUGGGCAGCACCUGAGCGCCCAGUUCAGGGGGGCGUCGCUGGCGGCCGAGGCGAUGCGGCUGGACGGCCUGUUCCCGCCGCGCGGCGCCGGGCCUGCGGGCCUCCUGCACUUGCGCGGGCAGGGGCCGGCGCUGUGCGGGGAGCCCGCUGUGCCAGGCCGAGGAGUCCUGCAUGUCGAGUGGCUGCGGCUGCGCUCGAACCGCGGGUUCGUGGAGCCGCGGGCGCGGCCGAGCGCCUUCGGUGGGCGCGGCGGCGGCGGUGCCUUGGCGGGGGCCGCCCCAGUCGGGGGCGCGGCCCCCGACCGCCUGGCGGCAGCUGCCGCGGCGCGCGCGCAGGCUGCUGCGGCGACGCCUGGCCGCGCUGGUGGCGGUCGCGGCCGCCGCCGCCCCCGGAGCUCCUCGGCCUCGCGCUGCGACGACGACGGUGAGUCGCGUUUUCGCGAGGCCCCCUCCCGCGGCGGCAGCGCACGGCUGCUGGCGGAGAAGCGCCCAGGUGCCCUGUACGACGAGGCGAUGAAGAACAUCGGGCGCGUCAUGGGCCUGCGGGAGGGGGCGGACGGCUCAGAGGUUCGAGCGAAGGUCGUGGGCUACCUGCAGGCCGUGGUGUUCGGCCAUCACCCUCCAGGGCAGAUGCGGGUCAACACUCAGCGGGAGCUGCAGACGCUGGCGACCGCGCUGGACCUGCUGGAGAGUGGGUGCCUGGCGGAGUUGAGGGACGUGUUGAUGCAGCGCUUCAAGGCUCUGGAGCUGUCGCUGUCCGACGCGAGCUGGCAGGUGGCGAGCGAGCUGGAGAUCGUGCCGGACGCGCGGCCCUCGCUGGCCUCGAUGGGCGAGCAGGGCCUGGCGCGGCGGGCGGCGCUGCUGCGCAGGAAGCUGAUGGCUGAUGGACGCGAAGAGCCGCGGCGGGCUCGGCGGCAGGGGUCAGGGCGAGCGCCAGGCCUGACCCGAGGAGGCGAGGCGCGGGAGCGCCGGAGCCCACUCGCCCUCGCCGAGCCGCCAGCAGGGCCGCGGUCGCGGGGGGAGCCGCGGGCGCGGCCGAGGCCGCUUCUUCCCCCUGCGGGCGGGGAGCCCAGCACGGCCUUGGGCAGGGCCCGCAGCCGCAGCCCCGCCCGCGGGUCCGCCAGGCGCAGCGCGCUCAGGCAGCGCGGGCAGGUCGCCGUCUCUGGGGGCGCUGAGGACGCCUCGAGGCGACAGCCCGCGCCCGAGGGCGGCGGACGGGCCGAGGCGUGUCUCGCUGGCGACGAGCCCGGAGCGCCACGUCUUCAGGCAGGACCAGCCCGCGGCCGCGGCGGCAGCGGGCCUGCAGCAAGGUCCGCCGCGAGGCCCGGCCCCCCCGAGCGGCCGCCGCCGUGGCGGCAGGAAGCACCGGGGCCGAGGCCGAGGCGGCCUUCCUGCGACGCUGAGGUGAGGCAGCGAGCUGAUGGUGUCAGCGCUGAUGAUGCGCGUGUGGGCGCGACCGAGUUGGCCGAGUGGGCUGGCGCGGCGAGUGAUCUUCUGCGAGAACCUUUCGACGUGGGCCCCGUGUUGUUGAACGUAGUCCGCCAGUUCCCAGGCUCCUUCGGUCGCUUCACUAGAUAUUCCCUCGAGGUAAAGCCACGCGAGCAUCCGGCCGACAUGGGUUGUCGGCUUCAGCGAGAUCUGUUGCCGUUACCAUACCCUUCUAUCACCAGGUCCCAGAUCGCCCAGCAGGGCCAGGACCCUUUGAGCGACAAGGAGUGGGAAGGACUACGCUGCAGGCUGGUGGUCACUGUCCUGGCGCUAAACUGGGAGUCUGGGUUCCGCUCCCUGAAGCUGGCCAGGCCCUGCCGAGGUCGAGCCAACGCCGCGCAGCAGGCAGCCCUGGUCGCUCUCGUCCGCCGCCUCCUCUUGGCUACGCGGGCCGAGUCUGCUUUACCGCCAGAUCUUGACUGGAACGCGCGGCUGAAGGACCGCAAGAUCGGCUACGGCGGGGGCGAGAUCUCGGCCCCGCAGCGGCUGACGCUGGAGCAGGUGCUGGACGGGCUGCCGCCGCCAGGUGUCGCGGCCUCCAUCGAGGCGGCCGACCUCGCGACGGGGUUCGUGCGUGAGGCCCUCCUGGACCCGACGCUGGUGCUGCUGCCCGCUGCCCUGCGGCGGCCCGCGCCGACAUCUGCGCGCGUGUGGGCCUCGCUCGAGGAGUGGCAUCGGAUCGUGCGGGCGCUCCACGAGCGCGGGAUGGUGUCGGCGAUUCCGAGCAGCGAGAUAGCCUGUCGCGACGGAGCCGCGCUCCUGAACGGGGCGCUCGGGGUGCCCAAGCCCCACGACGAGCCCGCGGUCUGCAGCGACGGCGAGCGCAGGCCGGUCCUGAGGCUGAUCACCAACCUCAUCCCCUCGAAUGCGUGCCAGGAAUGCAUCGUGGGAGACACCCCUGAGAUGCCGACCAUGAGCCAGCUGAACGACCUGGUGCUGACCGAGUCGGAGGAUCUCCUGUGGAGCGGCGCGGACAGGAAGGCCUUCUUCUACGUCUUCCGCGCGCCGCCUGCGUGGUGGCCUUACAUGGUGAUAGGGCCGCCCGCCCCCUCGGAGUUGCUUGGCCUGAAGGACGGUGGGACCACGCACAUCUGCCUGCGGGUGAUCGGCAUGGGCUGGAUCAGUGCCGCGGGCGCAACGACCCACCUCCACCGGAACAUGCUGCGGCGGAGCGCCUCUACAGGAGAUCACUCGGCGCCGACGGCUGCCGUUCAGCCGUGCCCUCCGGCGUGGAUGGUCUACACUGACAACCUGGAGGUCGCGGAGGUCGUGAGCAAGUCCGAGGCCGCGACGCUGCGAGGGACGGUGCCCGAGCACAUCUCCGAGGCUCGCGCCUGCUAUGCGGCUGCGGGCUCCCCGGGGUCGCCGUCCAAGGACAUCCAUCGAGUGCCGCGAGCGACGACCUUGGGGGAGCUCGUCGACGGGGUCGAGGGCGUUCGGCGGCCCCCUGCGGGCUACCUUACCGAGAUGGCCAGCCUCACGCUGUGGACGCUGAGCAAGAAGCGGGCCAGCAUGCGGCUGGUGCGCAUUCUGCUGGGCCGCUGGGUUCGUGUUCACUGCUUUCGGCGGCCGCUGGCGGCCAGCUUUGCCUACACCUGGAAGUGGCUCGCGAAUCCGCGCACUGGCGGCCGCUCCAGCGUAAGCGUGGUCGAGGACCUCUUGAUGUGUCUUGCGCUGUCAGGGCUUUGCGUCGCUGACCUGCGCCUCGAGGUCGACCCCCUGGUGACCGCGUCGGAUGCCUCGGAGGCCGCUGGCGCCGUGGUCUACGGCUACGCCCUCUCCGACCGCGGGCGCGCGCUGGCCGAGAGGCGGCAGCGGCCCGCGAACGCCGCCUGCGAGGAGGAGACCGGCCUCGUGACUGUCUUCGGCGGAAUCGGCGGCGGGCGCCGGGCUCGGGUGGCCCGGCGCAGCUACCCCAGCACGCAGCACCUGGGGGACGUGACGGAGGCGGACCCGGUGGCCCUGGCAGCCCUGCUGCGCGCCCGAGGCCGCGUGUCGCGUGUGCUGGUGGUGGGCGGCUUCCCGUGCCAGGUCUUCGCGGGUCUCAACGUCGCUCGGCAGGGCCUCGACGACCCGCGCGCGGGCCUGGUUGACCACAUGGUGCGGAUCGUGGACGGGCUGCGGACGGCCAUGCCGGAGGCGUCGAUCGACUUCCUUGGGGAGAACGUCGCGUCGAUGCCCGAGUGCGACGUGCUGCGCCUGAACCAGCUCUUCGGCCGCAUCCCGCUGGAGAUUGAGGCGGGGGAUGUCGGCUGGGUCAGACGUCCGCGGCUCUACUGGGCUUCGUGGGACCUCCUGCCGCCCUUCGAGGCUGAGCCCGUCGCGGUGCGGGCCAAGACCCAGGACGUUCGGCGCGCCUGCAAGGUGGCGCUGAAGACGGAGCGGCCGCCGCUCGAGGAGUGGCUCCCGCCCGGGGCUGUGUGUCCGGGUCCCGCUGCAGGGGAGCCGCUCCCGACCUUCGUGCGCUGGGCGCCGCGCUCGCAGCCGCGCCCCAGGCCUGCGGGCAUCGGGGAGUGCAGCGCUGCUGAGCUGGCGCGCUGGGAGGCGGCGGGCUUCGCUUCACCGCCCUACCAGUUCCGUGACAAGUGGUGCAUCCACCAGGCGGAUGGCCGCGUGGAGCCGCCUGACGCGACCAUACGAGAGAAGUUGAUGGGCCCCCCGGAGGGCCACGCCGUGCCGUGCAUGACGAGCAGCCAGGCGAAGGCCGAGCCCGCCAAGUACGAGGCUCUUCGCCGGUCGCUCGUGGGCAACUCCUUCCAGUGCGAGGGCGUGGCCUGGAUCAUCAGCCACUGGGCCGUCGGAGCUGGGCUGCUGGUCUCGGUGCCCUCGCUGGGUGAGCUGCACGAGAGUGCGCGAGCCUGGGCUGGUGGCAGGAAGCUGUGGGCUGGCGACGUGACGUCGCUGCGGUGCGGUCGCUCCGAGAUCGACGAGGGCCUGCACGCCAAGCUGGACCAGGCUGGCGGGCCCAUCUACGUGGGUCGUGGGUCUCGCCGCUGGGGGCUGGCUGCCUCGCGGUGGGGCAACCCUUUCACGAUCAGCCCCGAGUGGUCACGCGAGGACGCCGUUGCCCUGUUCGCUGGUUGGAUCCGCACGCAGCCCACCCUCCUGCAGAGCUUGGAGACGCUGCGCGGGGCCCUGCUGGUCUGUCACUGUGGGCCCAACCAGGCGUGCCAUGCGGACAUCCUCUUGGCGGAGUUGGCGAAGCGUGACGUGGUGGAGUGGCGCGAGCUGGACGCAUCCAGACGCAUCGCCAUGGGGCUCGUCAUGGCAUGCCACAACAACGGAGCAGACAUCAGGACCGAUGGCGCCUCGGAGGCGCUCGGCAAGAUCUUCCCGCGGCAGGAGAUCGACUCAGGCAUUUGGCGGUGGCGCGAGGCAAGGCAGCUAGUGUGGGAUGCAGCAGAGCACAUCAACGUUCUUGAGUGCCAGGGCGCGCUGAUGAUGAUUCGAUGGCGGGCGCGGUCGGUACGCCGCCACCAGUGCGUCUUCCUGCACCUGCUCGACAGCAUGGUCAACAUCGGUGCGCUGUCCAAGCACCGUUCCAGCAGUCCUCAGCUCAAUAAGGUGGUGCGGACCUUCUCGGCGUGGGAGCUUGCGAUGGGCGCGCGGGCGGUCUUCGGCUUCGCGUCGUCGGCUCGCAACCCCGCGGACGCCCCCUCGCGUCUCCGCGAUGGGAUAAAGUCCUCGGCGCUGGCCCGCUACCGUGGCGCAGCUCAGCGUUUUGUUGACUACCUUGCUGCCAAUAACCUGCCGCUGCCUUUCACCUGGGACGAUAUUGAUAUCUGCCUGCAAGAUUAUCUUGAGCACUUGUGGGCCGAGGGCGCCGCAAAAGGAGAAGCCAAUGACACCCUCAGCGGCGUGCAGCACCUGCUGAGGACACGGCGCCGCUAUCCUGGCGCUUGGCAGCUGCUGACGGUCUGGGGCAGACUGGAGAUCCCUCAGCGCGCGCCGCCGAUGCCUGCCCAGGUCUGCACGGCGCUCGCCGGUUGGGCGCUCAGCCGCGGAGAGGUGGCCUUCGCGGCCGUGCUGCUCGUGGCCUUCCAUCUCUGUCUCCGCACUGGCGAGGCGUUGGGGCUGAGCGGCGGCGUCAUCUUUCUGAAGCCCUGUGGCCGUGGCGCGGUGCCGUUGCCCUGGACCAAAACCUCUUGCCAGAAGGGCGCGCGGGAGCAAGUCGCGCUUGACGACCCGCUGGUUGGGGCAGUCGUCCGCAUGCAGCUCCAGAGUGACAGCCGGCUCUGGCCUGGCACGACGCGCGCCUUUCACGACUUGUUCCGUGCUGGGCUCCAGCAGAUCGGUUGCAAGCACCUCGCCCUGUCUCCUUACAGCCUGAGGCGCGGGGGUGCCGCGCAUGAAUUUCUGCUGUCGGGCGACUUGUCUAAGGUCAUGCUGCGUGGGCGCUGGAGCUCGGCAAGAACGGCAAAUAUAUACAUCCAAGACGGGGCUGCCAUCAUCGCCGAGAUGAAGCUCCAGGAUCGUACCCGUUCGACGCUCCAGCAGUUCUCUAAUGCACUUUUCGCUCGAGUCCGAGCGUUUUGCAGCCCGUGA